AAUGAAAGGUUUCGAUUGAGGGGGGUAAAUAAAUAAAUGCGGCGGAGGUGGGGUUUUUGAUUUCACAGCUGCUCAAUUGGAAGUGAACACUGUGGCAGUGCCCACCCAGCAGCGCCAGCAAACGGAAAGGCGAAGCAGGCAGAGAAGCCGCAACACCGGCCCGGUCCGCCAGCCCAGCAGCAGCAGCAGCAGCAGGACCGAUCCGAGCCGAGCCGAGCCUGAGCCGAGCCUGAGCCGAGCCGAGCGCCAUCCGUUACUGCCAGAAGAGACGGCUGACGGAUCCCUGAGCUCCGCCCACUGCAAGCCGACACCGACACUCCGCCACCCGGCGCUAGUCGCUGAGUCGGGCAGGAGCUAUGAGCCUGGAGCACGAGUGGCACCGUGCGGCACCUCUCCCCGGAUACAAAGACUCGCUGUGACACCGCGACGACACCGGGAGUCGCCUGACACGGCCGCCAUGGGUUUCCUCCAUCAGCUGCACCUUCUGCUCUGGAAGAACGUGUCUUUGAAGAGGAGGAGUCCGUGGGUGCUUGCCUUUGAGAUCUUCAUCCCACUCGUCCUCUUCUUCAUCCUCCUUGGGCUACGGCAGAAGAAGCCGACCAUUCGAGUGAAAGAAGUCUCCUUCUACACAGCUGCUCCACUGACCUCGGCCGGCAUCAUCCCCAUCAUGCAGUCGCUCUGUCCAGAUGGCCAGAGGGAUGAGUUUGGAUUCCUGCAGUACAAGAAUUCCACGGUGACGCAGCUUCUGGACCGCAUCAAUGAGGUGGUGCAGGAGAGCAACCUGUUUGACCCGGACCGCCCCGGACUGGUGGAGGAGCUCGAAUCGCUGCAGCAGCACCUGGAGAGCCUGAGCGGCGACCCCAACUCUCUGGAGCGCCCGUGGAACUCGAGUCAAGGGUUCACCUUGGGCUCAGUUCUGAAGGACCAGGCCGACUUCCAGCAGUUUCUCACCAGGAACCUGUCGCUGCCCAACGAGACGGCCGCCGCUCUGUUGGCCUCCAGCAUCAGCGUCCAGGAGGUGUACCACCUCUUUUUCGGCCUGACCCCAAGUUUUGCUCCGUUGGGUGGUCUUAAGAAAAGAAACACCAGGGAGGGCCGCAGCCCUGCAGAGAAGGUCCUGCCGCGGGAGGAGUAUCAUCUGGGAGGCUGGAGGUACGCCGAGACGGAUUUGAUCCACAAGCUGCUCAGUAACUCGGAGAAGGCCGUCCACCGGCAGGCUGCUUGGCGUCUCCUCAGCCAGACCCUUGGUCUCAACUCGACGUCCAGGGCCGGUGAUCUACAGAGCCUCAAGGACAUGGAGAAUAUCUUGCUGACUUCUGGCACGCUGGAGUUGCUGACGUGUGAAGACAAGGACGAGGAAUUCCAACACAUCCUCCUCACCCCCGAGGGUCAGCAGCCACUUCUGCAGGCGUAUCGUACGAUUCUGUGCAGCGGAGGUGCCAGCCAGCGGGCACAGCGCUUCUCUGGACUGGCCAGAGAACUGAAGAUGCAGAUCGAUACGCAAAGAGUGGCCAGCAAGCUCAGGUUUGAGGAGGUGAACUCCACAGCCACCCAGAAGCACCUGAGCGCCCUGCUGCAGGACCUGAACGAGAUGGCGAAGAUCCUCCGUGAUGUGGACGUCCUGUCAGCCCUCGCCAAACUCCUGCCAAAGGGCGCCUGUGCCGGAAAGCAAGCCCCUCCGCCAGUCUCCAACAGUACGGCCCCCAGCACCAACGCCAGCACGCCUGCAACGAGCCUCGGCAACACGACUGAGGCGGGCGGAGAAGCGGGGGCUACUUCGGGUCCCGAGACGGGGGCCACAGCUGAGGAGAACCCCCAGUCCCAGUUCUCAGCCUUUGUGCAGCUGUGGGCAGGUCUUCAGCCAAUUCUCUGUGGCAAUGACCGGAUCAUCGAACCCGAGGCUCUGAAGCAGGGAAACAUGAGCUCCUUGGGAUUCACAAGCAAAGAACAGAGGAAUCUUGGGCUCCUGGUCCACCUCAUGACCACCAACCCCAAGAUCCUGUAUGCGCCAAAUGGCACCGAAGUGGACAAGGUCAUUCAAAAGGCCAACGAGACGUUUGCGUUUGUGGGCAACGUCACUCACUACGCCCGACUGUGGAGGAACAUGUCAGCCCAGCUGCGGACCUUCCUGGAGGAAGGAAAACUUCAGGGCAGAAUGCAGUGGCUACAGGAGGUCACCGCCAACUUGCCGAGACAGAGCGAGCCGUUCAACUCGUCCGACAGCGACGCGCUCCGCCGCUUGAUUGACAGCAACUUCACUGCGCCCAACAGCAGCACUCUGCUCCAGCAGCUGGACACCAUCGACAACGCGGCCUGCGGUUGGAUCCAGUUCAUGUCCAAGGUCAGCGUGGACAUCUUCAAAGGCUUCCCCGACGAGGAGAGCAUCGUGAAUUACACGCUGAACCAGGCGUACCAGGACAACGUGACCGUGUUUGCCAGUGUCAUCUUCCAGACCAACAAAGAUGGCUCCCUCCCUCCUCAUGUGCAAUACAAGAUCCGGCAGAACUCCAGCUUCACCGAGAAAACCAAUGAGAUCCGGAGGGCUUACUGGCGUCCAGGGCCAAACACGGGGGGACGUUUCUACUUUCUCUAUGGUUUUGUGUGGAUUCAAGAUAUGAUGGAACGGGCCAUAAUCAACAUGUUUGUAGGCCACGACGUGGUGGAGCCAGGAAACUACGUCCAGAUGUUCCCGUAUCCGUGCUACACCCGUGACGAUUUUCUGUUUGUGAUUGAACACAUGAUGCCCCUCUGCAUGGUGAUCUCCUGGGUCUACUCUGUGGCCAUGAUGAUCCAGCACAUCGUAGCUGAGAAGGAGCAUCGGCUGAAGGAGGUGAUGAAGAUGAUGGGUCUUAACAAUGCUGUCCACUGGGUGGCCUGGUUCAUCACGGGCUUUGUGCAGCUGUCCAUCUCGGUCACUGCGCUCACGGCCAUUUUGAAAUAUGGCAAGGUGCUCAUGCACAGCGACCCGUUCAUCAUCUGGCUCUUCCUCACAGUGUAUGCCGUGGCGACCAUCAUGUUCUGUUUCCUGGUGUCCGUUCUUUACUCAAAAGCCAAGCUGGCAUCGGCGUGUGGUGGCAUCAUCUACUUCCUGAGCUACGUGCCAUACAUGUAUGUGGCAAUCCGAGAGGAGGUGGCUCACGACAAGAUCACUGCCUUUGAGAAGUGCAUUGCGUCUCUGAUGUCCACCACGGCUUUCGGACUGGGAUCGAAAUACUUUGCCCUCUAUGAGGUGGCAGGAGUGGGCAUCCAGUGGCACACCUUCAGUCAGUCGCCCGUUGAAGGGGAUGACUUCAACCUGCUGCUCUCCAUGGUGAUGCUCAUCAUUGAUGCCACCGUCUACGGGGUGCUCGCCUGGUACAUCGAAGCUGUUCACCCAGGAAUGUAUGGACUUCCGAGACCCUGGUACUUCCCCCUGCAGAAGUCGUAUUGGCUUGGCAGUGGCCGUGUAGAAGCCUGGGAGUGGCCGUGGUCUCGCAGUACCAGGCUGAGCAUUAUGGAGGAGGACCAGGCCUGUGCGAUGGAGCAUCGACGUACGGAGGAGAACCGUGGCAUUGAAGAAGAACCGAGCCACCUUCCACUGGUGGUCUGCAUUGAUAAGCUGACCAAGGUCUACAAAACCGGCAAGAAGUUGGCCCUCAACAAGCUCAGCUUAAAUCUGCACGAGAACCAAGUGGUGUCCUUCCUUGGCCACAACGGAGCGGGAAAGACGACCACCAUGUCCAUCCUGACCGGCCUCUUCCCUCCAACAUCUGGCUCUGCCACCAUUUACGGCCACGACAUCCGCACCGAGAUGGACAAAAUCCGAAAGAACCUGGGGAUGUGCCCGCAGCACAACGUCCUGUUCGACAAGCUCAGUGUGGAGGAGCACCUGUGGUUCUACUCGAGGCUCAAGGGCAUGGCGGAGGAGGAGAUCCGCAAGGAGAUGGACAAAAUGAUCGAAGACCUGGAGCUGUCCAAUAAGCGCCACUGCCUGGUUCAGACGCUCUCAGGCGGCAUGAAGAGGAAGCUCUCCGUGGCCAUCGCCUUUGUGGGUGGGUCUCGUGCAGUCAUCCUAGAUGAGCCCACGGCUGGCGUCGACCCCUAUGCCCGCCGGGCCAUCUGGGACCUCAUUCUGAAGUACAAGCAAGGACGCACGAUCCUCCUGUCCACUCACCACAUGGAUGAGGCGGACCUCCUCGGCGACCGCAUCGCCAUCAUCUCUCACGGGAAGCUCAAGUGCUGCGGCUCCCCGCUCUUCCUCAAAAGCACGUACGGCGACGGCUACAAGCUGACGGUGGUGAAGAAGCAGAGUGACGCCCGGGUGUCAGAUCCCGAGCGGACGGUGUCCCCGCUGUCCCCGUCCUCGCUCAGCCCCUGCUCGGAGACGCGGGUGACGCAGUUCAUCAGGAGGUUCGUAGCCUCGUGUUACCGGGUGUCCAACACCAACACUGAGCUCUCCUACGUGCUGCCAUCGGAGGCCGUCAGGAAGGGCUGCUUUGAGAGGCUGUUCCAGGCGUUAGAGGAGAACCUCGACAACCUGGCCCUGACCAGCUUUGGGCUGAUGGACACCACCCUGGAGGAGGUCUUCCUGAAAGUGUCCGACGAAGACCAGUCCCUGGAGAACAGUGACGCUGACAUGAAGGAAUCCCCCCAAGCCGUCCAUCCCGCAGUGCUCUCAAGUGGAGGCAAAGUCCUCACAGCGGGCGAGGCGCUCCCGGCCGGGGGGCUGGAAAAGCCGGAAGUGGAACUCAGCAACCUGAUGGUCUGCUCCCAGCUCAGCAACUCCCAGGGGUCCCUGCGCUCCACCUCCUCCGUGGGGUCUGUACGCGGGGACGAGGGGGGGCAGUACUCGGAGUUCUAUGGGGACUACUGCCCCUUGUUUGACACGACGGAGGACCCCGACAACGUCAGCCUGCAGGCUGAACCCGAGGUGGAUGCUGAGGGCCAAGGGUCCUUCAAGCUGGAGGGAUCCUGGCUGAAGCUGCGCCAGUUCCACGGACUCCUCAUCAAACGAUUCCACUGUGCCAAGCGCAACACAAAGGGCAUCUUCUCUCAGAUCCUGCUGCCUGCCUUCUUUGUAUGUGUGGCCAUGACGGUGGCACUGUCUGUGCCCGAAAUCGGAGACCUGCCACCUCUGAUCCUGUCACCCUCGCAGUACCACAACUACACACAGCCCAAAGGAAAUUUCAUCCCCUACGCCAACGAAGAUCGCAUGGAGUACAGGAACAAGCUGUCCCCGGAUGCCAGCCCUCAGCAAAUUAUGAACACAUUGCGCAUGCCCUCGGGCAUUGGGGCAACGUGUGUUCUCAAAACCCCCUUCAACAGCACUCUGGACCAGCUGGCACAGACCCUCAACCUCAACUCCAAUGAAUCCAAGAUGCUGGCAGCCCAGUACUUUGACUCUAUGUGUCUCGACUCUUUCACCCAGGGUGUCCCCCUGUCAAACUUUGUGCCCCCACCUCCUUCGCCAGCACCAUCCGACUUCCCAGAGUCAAGCUACGAGGACGGCCUGCGGUUCUGGAAUCUGACGACAGAGCCAACUACAGUCAAAGAAGCAGUGACCUCCACACCCACACUGCCCCACACCGUCCACGAGCCGAUCCGCUGCACGUGUUCAAUGCAGGGCACCGGCUUCUCGUGCCCCAGUGGGGUUGGUGGGCGGCCCCCCCAGAUGAAGGUGGUCACCGGCGACAUUCUUGUAGACAUCACCGGGCGCAACGUGUCGGAGUACCUGCUGUACACGUCGGACCGCCUGCGACUGCACAGAUAUGGAGCUUUGACAUUCGGCAACAUCCAGAAAUCCAUUCCGGCGUCAUUUGGGAUGAAGACUCCACCCAUGGUGAGGAAGAUUGCCGUGCGGAGAGCAUCACAGGUUUUCUACAACAACAAGGGGUACCACAGCAUGCCCACCUACCUGAAUGCCCUGAACAAUGCCAUCCUGAGAGCCAACCUUCCCAAAAGCAAAGGAAACCCAGCAGCAUAUGGGAUCACAGUCACCAACCACCCGAUGAACCGGACGAGUGCCAGCCUGUCCCUGGACUACCUGCUGCAGGGCACCGAUGUGGUCAUUGCCAUUUUCAUCAUCGUGGCCAUGUCCUUUGUCCCAGCCAGCUUUGUGGUCUUCCUCGUGGCUGAGAAGUCGACUAAAGCCAAGCACCUGCAGUUCGUCAGCGGCUGUGACCCUGUCAUCUACUGGCUGGCCAACUACAUCUGGGACAUGCUCAACUACCUGGUCCCUGCCACCUGCUGUGUCCUCAUUCUCUUCGUAUUUGAUCUGCCCGCCUACACGUCGCCCACCAACUUCCCCGCUGUGAUUUCACUGUUUCUGCUGUACGGCUGGUCCAUGACACCCAUCAUGUACCCGGCGUCUUUCUGGUUUGAGGUGCCCAGCACCGCCUACGUCUUCCUCAUCGUCAUUAAUCUGUUUAUUGGCAUCACGGCUACGGUCGCCACCUUCUUGCUGCAGCUGUUUGAGCAUGACAAGGAUCUCAAGCUUGUCAACAGCUACUUGAAGUCGUGCUUUUUGAUCUUUCCCAACUACAACUUGGGUCACGGCCUGAUGGAGAUGGCGUACAACGAGUACAUUAACGAGUACUAUGCCAAGAUAGGCCAAUUCGACAAGAUCAAAUCUCCCUUUGAGUGGGACAUCGUCGCCCGCAGUCUGGUGGCGAUGACCGUUGAGGGCUUCGUUGGCUUCUUCAUCACCAUCAUGUGCCAGUACAACUUCAUGCGGAGACCCCAGCGCCUGCCCGUGUCAAACAAGCCGAUCGAGGACGAUGACGUGGACGUCGCAUGUGAACGCCGGCGAGUCCUACGGGGCGACGCAGACAAUGACGUGCUCAAGAUUGAGAAUCUGACUAAGGUGUAUAAAUCCAGGAAGAUGGGUCGCAUACUGGCUGUGGACCGCCUAUGUGUGGGUAUCCGCCCUGGCGAGUGCUUCGGUCUGUUAGGAGUUAAUGGGGCUGGCAAAACCACCACCUUCAAAAUGCUGACUGGCGACGAGAGCACAACCGGGGGGGAGGCCUUCAUUAGCAAACACAGCAUUCUGAGGGAGCUGCUGAAGGUCCAGCAGAACAUUGGCUACUGCCCCCAGUUUGACGCUCUCUUCGAGGACCUCACUGCCCGCGAGCACCUGAAGCUGUACACCAGGCUGCGAGGUGUGCCCUGGAAGGACGAGGACCGGGUGGUCCAGUGGGCUCUGGACAAACUGGAGCUGACCAAGUAUGCAGACAAGCCAGCUGGGACCUACAGUGGGGGGAACAAGAGGAAGCUGUCCACCGCGAUCGCACUCAUCGGGUACCCCUCCCUCAUCUUCCUGGAUGAGCCAACCACUGGCAUGGACCCCAAGGCGCGACGGUUCUUGUGGAACCUCAUUCUGGAUAUCAUCAAGACGGGCCGCUCAGUGGUGCUAACAUCUCACAGCAUGGAGGAGUGUGAGGCCCUGUGCACCAGGCUGGCCAUCAUGGUCAACGGGCGUUUCAAGUGUCUCGGGAGCAUUCAGCACCUGAAGAACAGGUUUGGAGACGGCUACAUGAUCACAGUCCGCACGAAGUCCAGUCUCAACGUCAAGGAGGUGGUGCGAUUCUUUAGCAGGAACUUCCCAGAGGCAAUUCUGAAGGAGAGGCACCACACCAAAGUUCAGUACCAGCUCAAGUCGGACUUCAUCUCCCUGGCUCAGGUGUUCAGUAAGAUGGAGCAGGUGGUGGGAGUGCUGGGCAUCGAAGACUACUCUGUGAGCCAAACCACCCUGGAUAACGUGUUUGUCAAUUUUGCCAAGAAGCAGAGUGAUAAUCUGGAGCAGCAGGAAGGUUCGCCACCCGGGACCAGCCAGUCGCCUCUCAAACGCGUCCUCAACUUUCUGCGCCCACGGGCAGCCAACACGGAGUUGAGGGCACUAGUGGUGGAGGAGCCCGAGGAGCUGGAGAGUGACGACGAGGGGCUGAUCAGCUUUGAGGAGGAGAGGGCCCAGCUGUCCUUCAACACCGACACGUUGUGCUGAGAUGCCCACCCGACUCAGACGACACCGCACAGGUUUCCUGGGAUUGUUAAGUGCCCAGGGGAAGCGAGGGAGUGGAGCCCGGCGAACGAUGGUGGCUGACACGUUGGGCCCUCGGCUUCCUUAUCUUGCACCUUGCUGGUUGACGGCUUGGAAGAGUCACCUGUAAGCCCCCCCACAGCAACUUGGUGAGCCCAUCAAGACCCUUUCAUUUGAUUUGUGUUUAACUGUCUCUGCUACACCUGCCCUGUUCAGAGCCCUGUGAGGGUGGCAGUCGAUGCCCAUGUGGAUCGGAUGCUGCCUGCCCUUUACCAGCAUGUAUGUGGACUCUGCUUUGGUCCCUCCGUCGAGCGGAGGAUUUGAUUUUUUGUGGACACGAAUGGCACCGCCGAGCAGCCCGUUCUCGUGGGCAGCCUUCCCAGCAUGCGGCACCCUGGACCCACCCAACUGACAGAGGAUGCCAGCCCAGCAGUUUCAAACGGUGAACCGAGGAUGUUCUUGGCGCGGGCUGACGGGGUGAGGCCUGACCGGAUCGUUGAUUUUUCCGCCUCUCCCGCCGCUCCUUUUCUGGAUGUCUAGAAGGUUCCUGGCGAGGAUGACGAGUGCCGAUCACUUUCUGUCUUAUGAUGAAACUGCUGGCCGGAUUGUAUAGGUUUUGGGGGUCGGGGGGUGGGGGAUGUUAUUGGCAUCCACGCCUGUGUGUGUAAACAGCGGGCACUGGCCCGACUCCGCUGGCAGCGGCCAGUUUGAGGGGGCGACCGGCGGAGAAGCACGCCUUACGUAUCUGUGGUACUGUGUACACUGUAAUAAGAUGUAAAUGUGUGAAAAUGCAAAGCAAGACAAAACAAAGCAUUAUUUUCAAGUCCUGGAUCUCUAUUUUCAUUGCAGAUGUACGUACGGAUUUGUAACACUAUUUUGUUGUAAAUUAUUUGCCAGCUUCACUGUAACGUCUCAUCCGGCUGCUGUAGUCUUGAGAAUCUGCCUGACUUUCUACUUGUAGAACUGCAGUGUAAGGCCCGGCUUGUAAAUAAAGCUUUGAAGCUGCAGCCCCAAA